AUGCAUAACGCAACCCAUUACCAUUUUAAAGAGGAUUCUGAGUUGGAAAGGAACUUUUUCGAAAAAGAUUACUUCGCAAUUAGAUCGCAAAUUCAAGAGCUUACUAGCGUGGAAAGACCUCAUAAUUCAACAGGUGUCAAUGCGUCAUUCGCCGCUACGACUUUCCAUCGAGCUCGGUUACCACCUAUACCACUUCCAAAGUUUAACGGUAACAUACAAGAAUGGGCUUCGUACUUUGAUUUAUUCCGAGCGAUGGUUCAUAAUGACGACAACUAUACCGCAGCACAGACAUUUUUCCAUUUGCGAUCAAGUUUGGAAGGUCCGGCUCUGGAUCUCGUCCGUGCUAUUCCAAUUAGCGAUGGAAAUUAUGAGGCAGCCAUCAGCCAGCUUGUGCAAUGGUACGAUAAUCAUAGUCUCGUGGUUCAAUCAUAUAUCCGGUCCAUUCUCAACUGCCCUCGAGUAGAAGAAUCAAACCUCAGUACUCUACAAGGACUAUAUUCCACAGUUUCCACUCAUGUUGAUCAAUGGGCCAGCCUGUUGAGCAGUGGGACGCCUGGCUCGUUACUAUCGUCACUGGUCGAUUAG